GCCAAGCGAGCCGUGGCCCGGAUCGCCCCUCCUUCCCGCAAAGCGCCAGCCUGGCCGGAGGCUGAACCGGGGCGCCUGGGGACCCCCGCUUUAGUUUCUUCCCCUCGCCCAUGAAACCCGGGCUGGACGUUUUCUUUACACCCGAGUCCCGGUUACGAGACUUCCUGGAAGGGGCCCGAGCAGGAAGAGAAAAAUUGACACGUGGACUUUUUUUUUCCACUUGCCAAGGACAGACGGAGGUGAUGAUUUACCGUAUUUUGCCUCCGGCGCGAACCUCGAAUUAGUCGCGGGCGAGGCGUCUUGGAGCGGACUAUCCUCAGGGCGGGGACCCAGCCCCCUCCCCUUCCCAGCUCAGCCUUUGCAACCCCAGCAGCCUCCCGGUCCAACUUUUAAGCCGGGUCUCUGCCUGCGAAGACUUCAGUGGCGAAGGAGUUGAAUGGCCUUGAGUGUCAGCAGCCAUGGAGCACAGGGUUUGGGAGCCGGUCUGCUCGCUUCCCAGCAUCAGCUGCCCCCAGCAAGAUGCCCCCGGCCGUGCCAGCAGGAAGUCGCGAAAAAAGAUGGAGGAAUAGGAGAUGUCUCUUGGUCCAGGCCUGAAUCCAGAUUAUGGACCAUGAUGCUCCUGCUAGGAACCUGUCUGCUUUACUGUGCAAGGGUCUUAAUGCCCAUCUGUGUGGUCACCAUGAGCGCUCGCUUUGACUGGGACAAGAAACAGUCUGGAAUCGUGCUGAGCAGCUUCUUUUGGGGUUAUUGCCUAACUCAAGUUAUUGGAGGCCACCUGAGUGACCGGAUAGGAGGGGAGAAAGUCCUUCUCCUCUCUGCAUCAGCCUGGGGAACUAUCACAGCCAUCACCCCCCUGCUCAUCUCCUUAGGCUCUGCCCACCUGCUUCUUAUGACCUUUACUCGCUUUCUUAUGGGGCUAUUGCAGGGAGUCUAUUUUCCUGCCUUGGCUAGUCUACUUUCCCAGAAGGUGCAGGAGAAGGAACGAGCAUUGACGUACAGCACAGUUGGAACCGGAUCUCAGUUUGGGACGUUGGUGAUGGGAGUCGCUGGGUCCCUGCUCCUUGAUUGGUAUGGAUGGGAAAGCGUCUUCUACUUAUCAGGCCUGCUAACCUUGCUCUGGGUAUACUGCAUGUGUAAAUUUCUCCUGCCUGAAAAAGAAAUAAUAAUCUCACUACACGACUUGGCAAAGGGCCUUUCCUUAUCAUCCAAACAGACCAAAAUGCCUUGGAGAAAAAUAUUUAGAAAGCCUCCCAUCUGGGCAGUGAUUGUUGCUCAGCUGUGUGCAGCUAGUACUUUCUUCACCCUCCUUUCCUGGUUGCCGACGUUCUUCAGUGAAACGUUUCCCAAUUCAAAAGGCUGGAUUUUUAAUGUAAUUCCUUGGCUGGUGGCAAUUCCAACUAGUUUGUUUGCUGGAUUCCUCUCCGAUCAGUGUAUCAAUCAAGGGUGCAAACCAAUCACUGCUCGAAAGUUUAUGCAGGUCAUUGGCUCAGGGGUAUCCAGUCUCUUUGCCUUAGGGAUAGGCUACUCCUCCAACUUUUGCCAAGCAGUGGUCUUUGCCUCAGCUAGUAUUGGACUUCAGACUUUCAAUCACAGUGGCAUCUCAGUCAAUAUUCAGGACCUGGCUCCUUCAUGUGCUGGUUUAUUGUUUGGUGUGGCAAAUACAGGUGGAGCUUUAUUAGGUGUCAUUUGUGUGUACCUAGCUGGACACCUCAUUGAGAGCACAGGCUCUUGGGUCUCUGUUUUCAAUCUCGUGGCGAUAGUGAAUGCCCUUGGACUUUGUACGUUUCUCAUCUUCGGAAAAGCUCAAAGAAUGGACCUAGACCCCGUCUACAUAGAAUUAUAAACAUAUCCACAGACUUAUCGGGAGGUGUCAAGAUGCCAGAAUGGAGAACUUAAAAAAGCAGAAUUCCAGGGAAACCAUACUGGCUAUGGAGUGAUGAAGGUCCAUGCAUUAACAAAUUAGCUCCAGAGUUACCUAGUGAUCUACUAAUCUUUCACUCUCACAUGGUUGGCAUGUGUUUCACCUCUUUGAUUAGGUGCUAUUCCCCCAUCGUUCCCAAAGUGGGUUCCCCCCACCCCCAUGCAUUGGAGAUCUAGCCAACAUUAAACUUACGUUGGCUGUGUUAGUUGGGGAUUAUGGAAAUCCAGUAUAAAUCCAGUAUAUCUGGAGAGACCAGGGCAAAUUGUGUGAGAUGACCUGAGAAAACAGUUUAAAUAUGCUGACUCUGGCUUCAAUGCUUUUUGCAGCAGCAGGUUGUUACAUUGCAGGCACGUACCCAAAAUGUGCAGCCACGUAGAGCUUGCUCCUGGUUACUUUCCUGUGUGAUAGGAAGGGCAAAGACCCAUUCAUAUCCACCCCCCCCAAAACAAUAUUUAUUUUCUCCAACAUUCAUGAUGAUCAUCUGGGCGACAGCAAAAGCAUGCAGAAACUCUAACAUAUAUUUUGAUACUGUUUUUAGGAGUUUUGAAGCCAUCGUUGUAAGUGUCCUAUGGACACACAAACCCCAGACUUAGUAUGAGCUGCUGCUUCUGUAAUUCUAAGACUUCUUGAUGAUGGCUUCUCUUUCUUUUGUUUCCUUUGGACAUACAUGUAGAUCUCAUAAUUGCUUAGCUGUGUGACUCAAGGGAUGUAUAUAUGUCAAAGGCUGGUGAAGUUCUGGCCACAGGCAUCCUCACACGCUGACCAAAAGGAUUGCCAGGAAUUCAUAAGAUUUCCUUUAAGAUCUCCUGCAAAAUCCUGCAAAAUCUCCUCCUUCUCUUGUGAUCUACUGCAAAAUCUCUCAAAUCCAUAAAUUAUUUGCAUGUUGUUCCAGUGUACAUACAUAUACAUGCGGACACCCGCACAUAUUGUAGUUAUGAACAUGUAUGACACCUAUACAGUGAUGUUGGACCAGCUCUGUUAAAAAAAAUCAAUGGGGUGGGAGACUGGCCAAGUACCAGCAAUAUUAUCCAUCAGUUUUUCACAGCCUGAGAUCCUUCAGAUGUUUAAAGUUACAGCUCUGUCACCCCAGUGGCCAAGCCCAUUGUCAUUGUUGGCAGCCGUAGAUCAGCAUGUCUGGAGGACCUCGGUUCAGAAAAAAUACGACCUUAUGGAGAAUGAGUGAGCAGAUUAUGCAAAGCCCAAACUACAGUUAUAUGACUGUAUUCCACGUAAUAUCCAGUAAGGGAGCUCAGAUUGCCUACUUAUUCUCAUUCUCAUCAUGAGAGAGAUAGAAGCAGCCCAAUUUAGUUGGGCCUCCUGGGAUGUCUAAUGGAUCUGGACAGCAUAAAAAGUCCAGAGUGUUCCCACCAGAAUUGUCACAGGCCAUUCUGAUUGCUGGAAGAACAGUUUCAUCCAGAUCAAAUUUCAUACAAAGGAGAGGUUGGAAUAAAUCAAGAGAUGAGAACCUUGGAUUUGGUGAAUUGCAUCUCUAGGUCAACCUUCUGCAAUUGGUGCCCUGCAGGUGUAUUGGACUUGGAAUAUGUAACCCAAUACACCUACAAAGCUGCUCUAGCUUAACAAAAUUUUCAUUAUUUCCAGGAUUUCUGUCUCUCACCAGUGCUUAUAUUAACUCAGGAUGAUAAAACAGCAGGAUACUAAAAUCUCACCCUCUUGUUGGAAUUCAUUUGUUGGAAUAAUAAAAGCCAAGUGUACAAAUAUUUGGAUGUUAGGUUCAGGACCAGGGGUAGGGGUGGGCUUCUCAGAUUGCUGACACUAACAAUGCAAGAAGUUCUUUUGUAAUGAUGGUCUCAGGUUGAAAGAAUCUUCCUGUGUGUUCUAGGCAUAGGAAGGUCAUAUUGAUGUCUUAGUACUUGAAUAGAGUUGUAGAACCAGUGAAGAUCCAACUGGAUGCUCUAAAAAUGGCAUCUAUUUAUUGGGUUCCAAAACACCUUGUUCUAUUUAUGGUUCCUGACUUCAACCCCAUUCUAUGUUUCUCCAGCUGACUCUACCAGUAGUGGUCAGUGAUGUGGAAGUCAGUGGAAAAAUGUGACUAGUCAUGACUUGAUAAAGGUUAAAUUGUAUUAUAUGUUACAGAGAGGAAAGAAUAGCCUCAUGUUUGUUGCAAUGUCUUUUCAGACCUGAAGAGUCUGUUCAUAAUUGAACUGUUUGCAUGUUUCAUUCCAGCAGGGGUGGGCAACCUAUGAUCCUGUAGAUAUCACCAAAACUUCAUUUCCCAGCAUCCCUCAUCAUGUUGCCCAGAGCUGCUAAGAACACCGGUUCCCACUCCUGCCUUCGUUAUGCUGUUUGCAGCUAUUAGUUGAAUAAUUACCUCACUUAACCCCUUUUUAAUGCCUCCUGUGGACACAUGGAUUUCACCUUUUGUGCCUUUUGAGAAUGGUAUACUUGACUGCCAGAACAUAGGGCAUCUUUUUGGUUCUUGCUGAAUUUUAUCUGCCAAAAGAAUGGAGAGAAUUCCAAGCAAAACCAAGUUUUAUUUAAAUAAAAGUUGAGAUGUUUUCCAUCAGAUGUGAGCUAUGGUGGACUGUAAUUACUGUUUAUGUUACUUUGGUCUUCUGUUAAUAAGCUGCUAAAUACCUAAACCCAACAAACCUUGCUGGAUUCCAUUUUGCUCAAGAAUAGAAGAAUCUGGGUUGAAAAUGUGGCUCAGGAGGACAGCUUCCUAUUGAUCGAUCAAUUAAUUG